AAUGCAAAUGCAACCCAGAAUUUAGUCGGUCUCCUCAAUAGCAACGGCGAUCCUGUGUCGAAUGUUGCUGAUGCGACAGCGAUAAGCUACUCUCUGUGUACCUCCUUCUGCGGGAAGGGACAGGAUUUUGAUGUGGCUGUGUUUGCGCAAGAUUUCAGUUCAUGGCUACUGCCAUACCUUGCACUGAUUUCGCAACUCCCCUUUGGGGCACAGUACAGACUUGAUAAUCUCAUGUCUGCUAUGUUAACCGUGGGGUCACCAGCACUAGCUGGUUACUCUCUGUUCAUCACGCUCCUCAAUUCUCGUUGGAUCAAUCGCCGGUUCAGUCAAUCAGUGGACUAUCCCAAUUCACGAUUCGCAGUCUCUAUUAUCAGCAGCCUUCAACAAUCUCCGCUAAAUCUGCAUUCCGAUCGUACACGCCUCGCAUCCCUUGUUAUCCUUCCGGAAAAUGACUCAUGGUGGCAAUAUUUCUCUGAAUUGGUAGACUAUACUCACACGUGGUCAAUUGCGUCCGCGACCUCCAUUGCCUGGGUCGUCGUUGCCUACAUCCUAUCUGUCGUCAACUCACCAUCAGAUUCUUUUGUAAAUGCUCAAGCCGGCGGCGAAUCUACUAGUUCAAUGUGGCUGUGGUUGAUUCCAAUAGUCAUGGGAUGGCUGCAACUCUCCCCGAAAUGCGAUUCCAAUCGCCUACAAGCAGCUUAUGAUCGUGCCGACCGACAUGCGCGCGCAGGAAUAGCAGAUAGACCUAUUGCAACACCACCUGCGUCCGCCCAAAGAGCUUUAACAAUAACUGCGCAGGAGGAGGAUGUCAUGUCUCCAGACGAACUCCUUACCCCUCCGGUGUUUAAUUACUCACGUUCGCUGCAAUGGGCAUACACAGCAGAGAAUAUUUUCCUGAUGUACAAAGCGGCAUCAGAGAAGGCUCGAAACCGUGUUCCCGUUAACAUCGAGAGUGAGUGGGUUGAAUCCGACGAUUUUAAAUCCAUCCACCCUCGCAAUCGAUAUGGGACUUCUCAGGAAAUUGCUGCAUACUGCACGCAACCUGGCUGUGCUCGGCGCAGCCAUUGGGCGCCUGGCGUGUUCACAAGAAUGGUUAUCGCGUCAUGUGCUUCGCUUGCAUUACAGUGGGGAACAGUCGGAGGAGCCUUUAUAGUCGAGUGGUUUACUCCAACAACUGGUGUUGGGUGUCGAUCUCUAGGUCACCUUCUUUACGGAGUUGUAUCGACUACCAUUUGGAUGAUGCUCCUGAUAUCCAGUAUUCUCGCCCACUAUUCCGCAGCUUACUCUUAUCGAGCAUCACUGUCUGCACGUGUUGCUCUGACGUUCUCACACUUGCUGCGAAGGAUGGGAAAACUGUUGGCCAUUGCAAACUCCCUCUGGGUGGUCUUGACGUGUAUUCUUCAAUAUUCCGGCUUCUAUAAUACAUGCUUCUGCAAUUCCAGUGUCAUCAGUAGGGGAAAUGCUGCUGCAUACAUUACUAUCAUCGAAACCACAGACCAGGCUGCACUGGCCAAGGUGGCCUGGAUCGGUGCCCUUUUCCUAGUGUGUACCUCGGUAUCGGCUUUCGUCGCCUUCGUGGGUCUUUUAUUGGAUACUCUCUCUCGAUAACUAUUGUUGCAAGUAAACAUAUUAUGUAGUUAUUGACUACUAGAAGAUAUUCAAGUUGCUUUGC